AUGAUGCUGCAGCUGCAGUUGUUUGCAGCCUGUUUUUGUUUCAGUUUGUAGAUCCGACCAUCGAACUGAGAACUUAAACGACUUUUUGCAAUGCACACCGGCCAAACUAAGCUCUCUGAACUGCUAGGAGUAUAAAUUAGGAUGCAUCAGAUGAUGCACAGACGGUGCUGAUCGCGUUGCUCCUCCUCGACGGACUUUUUCGAUUCAAGAGUUGUAAAAGGGACUUCAACCGGAAACCAAACUUUUUUUUUCUUCGAACUUCUCCGCUGAAGCAAAAGAGGAAAAAAGAGACGACCCUUGGUAUCAUAAACUGCUCGGUUCCUUGUUUUCUUCAUCUUUUUACGCCCGCUGUUGGAAAUGUGUCAGCUGCCGACCGACGGGGGAGAAGUAAACAGUUUCUGGAGAGGAUAAGGGCGACGUCGAGGGAUUUUUUUUAACCAUAGUCGACACUCACAUAACGGAUUUUGGUCCUUUAUCAUGGAAGAUGGUGCAAAAGAGGACUCAGCCCAGAGUAAAGAGCCAAAGUUCCUGGGUAAGGCUGGCUGGGUGAAGAAGGCCCCCGGCAGGCUGUUGGCAAGCUACAAGGACCGCUACGUCCAUGUGGAGAAGACAGAGAUGGUGGUGUAUGAAAAUGAGGACCUGAAGAACUGCUUAGAGAGGCUUGACCUGGAAAACUAUGAUAAAUGUCAAGAAUUAAAGAGCCCCUUCAAGAGGAAGCACAGACUGAUACUGAUCCGAUCAGCCAAGCCUGGAAACAAGGUCCAUGAUGUGAAGUUUCAAGCUCAGACUGCAGAGGAGAAGGAGGCCUGGAUUAAAGCUCUGAUUGAUGGAAUCAAUCGAGCAAAGAACAAAAUCUUCGAUGAGGUGACGGUUGAUGAAAGCAUUAACUUAGAGCACGUUACUAGAACAAGGCCCAAAGGGAACCGUAACCGGCGGCCACCGACCAGGAUACACAUGAAAGAGGUAGCUGAUGUGUCGUCUGAUCUUGAGGAUGCCACCAUGCCUAAUGGGACCCAUCAUGCCAGUGUUGAUGGCACUGGAACCCCCAAAGAGGCAAUCAAAGCCCCGACUUCUCCGUCCAAUGCCAGGGAAUCUGCAGAGAAAAAGACAGAGGAGGAGGCUGAGACUGAGCCUGAGGUCACUCCCAAGAAAAAGGUCAUCAAACCUCCCAUGCCCCCUACCAAAGAGGCAAAACUCACUUCAACACCUGAGCACGAACCGGAGAAGGAAGAUGGCCCAGAGAAAUUGGUCCUGAAGCCGCCAAUGCCUCCAUCUAAAGAAGCCAAGCCGUCGCCUUCACCUGUUGAAGAAGCCACAGGAGAGGCCAAAGCUGAGGAGCUGUCUGAAAAGAGUCCCGAUGCCAGGAAAAAGACAGGUCCACCACCAACUCCUCCCAACAAACCCAGCUCCAGCGGCUCCGUAAGCAGCCUUGCAGAGGCCUCACAGUCCAUGCCAAACUCCCACCCUCCAACCCCUCCAUCCAAAGAGAAGAAACCCUCCAAUACUGCUGUGGAGCCAGACCAAGAGGAAGAAAGCACAACUGAUGAGAGUUCGGGGGAGGAAGAAGGCUGUAAGAAGGAGGUGGCAGGACCAGCUGUGGAAACAGAUGAGGCAGACCAGUUGAUAUCUAAAGAAGCUCCACCUAGUGUUGAAGAUGAUGAACCUGAGAGUCCCGGCGCUGAAGGACAGGAUUCUGAAGAGGAAUCAGAGGAGACUAUAGGUAGUGGCAUAAGCAAAGCAUCCGACAAUGAGCCACAAAUACCCACGGAGACACUUGGAAAGAGCCCCAGUCCUCUUCUAACCCUCAAGAAAAAGCCAGAGAAACCUGUUCAGCCUGACACACAACAAACAGGUGACAACGGCACUAUGACGCAGACUAAUGAGGGACAAGACCCUACUGCAUUACUGCCAACAGCCUCAGAUACCUCAGCCAGCCAAGCAGAAGAGGCACUCCCUAAGAGUGAACUCCCCUCGGUAGUCGUCUCUUUGAAUGACCCGGUCAGUGACAGCCUCAGCUUGAGUCCGCUGCUCUGUCACCUGCCUGGUGAGAAGAAAAAGAAGACGGAGGAGAAAUCUGUAGACAGCGGUCAGCACUCAGACGAUGACAGUGAGGGCUCUGGGAGUGAAGACACACUUGUGGCGUCCACGGCCGCGUUGAGAGGAAGCCACGCUGGUCUGCACGUGUUUGACGCCAGCGAGGACGACAUUCAGAUCCCCGUUAGCUCAAAGGCGAUGAUGCUCCCACCAAAGCCUCAGGUCAGACCAAAGGUCUUCCCCUGUCGGCGCUCGGGGCCAACGCUGCCACUCAAGCCCUCAGCCAAGGUGAGGUCAGCCUCCAUCGGAGAUCUGCUGACUGACCCUUCAAUCUGUGUUCCGGCUAAACAGCAUACCAGUACCGCGAUCGUUGGCGACGGGGCCCCUGGUGCCGAGUUCAUGAAACUUGAGACAGAAGUGGCGCUGGAGAUGGAGAAGACGAAGGAGCUCCUGAGUAGAGUCUCCCAGUCGCAGGGGGGAGGUGACGGGGAGGGCAAGACAGAGGAUCUGCUGGCCAAGGCCAUGGAGAAGCUCAAGAAGGCCGACCAUGUCCUGAGAGAAGUCAAUAAACUGAAAAUUGCCAACAACUCGAGGAACAGGAAGAGCUGGUGAAUGUCAGUCACAGCAGAUUUAAUCGACCAGUUCGCUUAACCUCUCUUCUGAACAUUGAUUGUCCAGUCAUAGCUUAGCAACCUUUAAUAGGCACAGCAAGCCUGUCGAGUUUGGAUUUCUCCAUAUAGCCUACUAUGUGAUUUUCAUUAAGCUGAAGUAAAAGUGAUAUUUGGUAUUGCAUUUCCAAAACUAAAAUACAUGACAAACAUGUAAGAAAUAGGUUCAACAGGGUGUUUGUCCGCUCUAAUGUAAGCUGCCAUUAUUAGCAUGUCUCCCUAUACCUAGCUUUCAUACUUACUUUUUAGGUUUUCAAAUAGCCUUUCAACUAAGCACAUUAGUUUGUGAGGUUACUGGUUAAAAAGAAGAAGCCCCAUUCACAAAGAGCACAUCCACAAUGCAAUUUCCCCACCGUGUGGAGGCCAGUCCUGGAUGCUAUUAGAGUUUAGGCUAACGUAAGUGGCUCUGUCCUGCUCUUCAUUGGAUCUGCAUCCUGAAAGCCUUUUCCCUUGUAAUGUUUAAAUCGAUUCAUACGGUUUAAAGCUGUUUAGAUAAAUGAACACCUGUUACAUUAAAGCCCUUGCCAAACAAAGUAACACAAUGCUGAUUAAGCCAAUCGCCGCCAAUGGAAAGCUCUCUGUAUUUUGCAGCAUACCAGAGGUGUGGUGUCUGGCACACCAGUGAUGCGUUUAACGUCUACCAGCUAGAGCUAAAGGGGGGCAUGAAGGGGUAAAGACUAUAGCUACUGAGCAGCAACUAGGAGUAUGGCGGCAAAUCAAAAUAUGGGUUCAAGAAAAGUUUCUUGAGUGGAUGCUCAAGAUAAAAAAGAAAAUUGGAAGUUUGAGAAUAUUUAGCUUCUGAACUGUGAAGUAUUCCCAAGUGAAAAGGAAACUGGAUUUGAGCUGUGUAGAAUCAGAAGAGGGAUUUAAAUUAAAUCCUCCUGUCUGAUUGGACCACUACAAACUCGGCAUGCUUAGAAGGUAGCGAUACGAUACCGAGCUACAGAGGACUGUGGCUCCACACACACCUCCUUUGUUGCUGCCUUAAAGUUGCAGAUGGAUUGAUGUCCUGUUAGUAUUGGUUGAAUUCAGUUGGCACAAGCUGACGAAAGCACCCUUUAUUCUUUGUUUUACAGGAGGAAAAGAUGAUUGAAUAUAAAAAUAUGAAGGAAUUGAUUUUCUUGUAAUUGUUUUGCAUAUAUUAUUAAAAAGGUGUUUCCAUUUAUCUAGACAUUAAAGUUAAAAAAAAGAAAGCGAUCAACGGUAAGGACAAACACUCCUGGGGCAGUUGAGAUGCGGAGACCUCUCAAGGCAUAGCCUAAGUCAUAAGCAGCGUCAACUGUGUUUGCGUAAUUUCUCUCAAUACCAGAGGGGGGAGACAAAAAAUCUGCGUUCCAGCUUUAAACGGAGAUAGCUAUCAACUUGAGGUGUUUAGGACUUCUUCUUGCACCACGCAAUUGACUGAAACUUGGGCAGCAUGACUGAUUUUUGAUGGUUAUGCUGCACACGCAACUGUUCGCUCAUAAUUAACUAAGUGCAAUUGUUUUUAGUUGAACUUUCUGUGCAGCCGAAGGUAAUGCGUUUUAUGUGAAAUAUCGGACAUUUUCGAGAACAAGUACUUGAAAGUUAAUUCGAGAAUUAAUAAUAUAACAAAAGCAGCACUCUCAAUACAUUCAGAACUUGCAAAAAAAAAGUACUACGAAGUGUUAAAACCAAAUUACAUCAUUGUAUUAAUAGUUGUAUUUUUGUGGAUUGAAGAGGCUUUUUCUUCUGUUUUCAGAUACCAUGUAUAUGCUGGCAGUUUAUGAGGGAAUUAAUAUUGUACAUACUUAAUACUUUUACUACAGCAUGUGCUGUUCAUUGUUGAUGAGGAAAGAUGUACCAACCUAGCUCAGGAGUUCUCUGAAAUAUAUGUUUUCAGCCUAAUCAUGUGAUAAAAGCAAAAUUAAGUAUUUGUAAUCCAAAAUGAUUCCAGUUUUGUUAUUAAUGAUAAUGUUUUCAUACAUAUAUUGUACAUAACACAGAACACAGAGCUUGUAGCAGCCUUUUUAUAAGUCUCACUAACCCCUCUUACAGUUUAAUUUUACAUUUAUUUGAAUCAUGAACUCAGAAUUUACCCUAUUUUUGUCCAAUUAUUUGUUAAUAAAAAUGAUGGUAGUGUUUCAGACUAUUUCAAAUAUGUCAUGCCUUUUAGAGUAUGUAAGAAUAUUUUCUAACCUUAGAUAUUGUACUCUUUUGAUACAAUUUGCUUUUGCCCAAAUAAACAAAGGGAAA